AUGGCUGCAAUGGCCUCGGUUCCGAAGUUCAUUGUAGGCGUCCAUCAAAUCCUGCCCUAUAAGUUCACAGUGUUGCCGUUGAAAAAAAGACCGCAGGGUCCACUACAAGAUCCAGUAUUGGAAUGGCUUUGUCGAGUUAGCGAAAAACAUACUCGAGCCAGAACCGAGUUUUUCCACCGAGCAGAGCCCUUGCAAUCGAUAUUUCCCUCGGCCAUGGCUAUCAAGUCUUAG